GAUCUAACAUGGUCACAAGAGAGGGCAAGUAUAGACAACUUUCAGAGCCGUGCCCUCGCCCUGUUGUCGGUCUCAGACAUGGAUACUCAAGUAAAAAAUUGCACCCUUUUUACGAGAUAAAGCCGUGGCUCGAGUGGUGGCUUCGUAAUACUCAUGCUCAGAUGCUGUUUCCACCAUUUCAGAAGACGAAGAAGGGUCUAUACCAGGCAAUAGGUCUCUAACUUGUGUAAUUGACACGUGGCCCCUUAUUCAGCGAUAACCCUGAUGCCACGUCUUCAGACAAGUUAUCCGAAGUUGUAG